AUGACGUCAUAGAAUUCAAGGCAGUAUUUUCGGAGUGCACUGCUCUCUAUCAGAACGCUAUUCGUACUGACAGUACUCGGAGUGAAUAAAAGAACGCAUAUUAGUGUCUCUAUUGUUGUCCAUCUUAUAUACAGAGCUUUCAUUUCUCUUAGCGUAUCUAUGGUGUAACAAUCGUGACCAACAAUUUGGAUCAGUACAUCAACUCGUGACUUGUAGUCUGUAUUGGCAUCGACUGGUUGCCUCGGCCAUAUUGCAAGAGUAGUAGUAGUAACAGUGAGUCAGUACAUGUCAUUAUUCAAGCAAAAUUAGAUUUGAUUGCCAAACGGUUAAAAUGACAGAAGCAGCAAUGGACAAUUCUGGCAAACUUGUAAAAAUGGAAAUAGAUUAUAGUAGUACUUGUGAUGCAAAAAUUCCUGAAUGCAAAAAACUUGCUUCUGAAGGAAAACUACAUGAUGCUUUGGAUCAAUUACUGGCUUUAGAAAAACUUACCAGAACUGGUGCUGAUAUGGCAUCAACAUCCAGACUUCUUGUAGCCAUAGUUGAAAUCUGUUUGGAAGCAAAAAAUUGGUCAGCUCUUAAUGAACAUAUAAUUUUAUUAUCAAAAAGACGUUCUCAACUUAAACAGGCUGUUACGAAAAUGGUUCAAGAAUGUUGUACUUACAUAGACAAAAUGCCUAACAAAGAAACUAUGGUAAAAUUAAUAGAAACUCUUCGUUCGGUUACAGAAGGAAAGAUAUAUGUAGAAGUAGAAAGAGCAAGGCUUACUCAUCGUUUAGCCAAAAUAAAAGAAGCUGAAGGAGAUAUUGCAGGUGCUGCAGCUGUAAUGCUUGAAUUACAGGUGGAAACAUAUGGAAGUAUGUCACGUCGGGAAAAAGCUUCUCUUAUUUUAGAACAAAUGAGACUUUGUUUAGCAAAACAAGAUUUCAUGAGAACUCAAAUCAUAGCAAAAAAAAUUAAUGUUAAGUUCUUCAGUGAUGAAAAUGAUGAAGAAACUCAGGAAUUGAAACUAAAAUAUUACGAUUUAAUGAUGGAAUUGGCACGCCAUGAGGGUUGGCAUUUAGAAUUGUGUCGACAUAAUCGAGCAGUACUAGAAACUCCAGCAAUUCGAGAUGAUUCGGAAAAGAGGCAUAUUGCACUUUCUCGAGCAGUUCUUUAUCUUGUACUUGCACCACAUGAACCUGAACAGGCUGAUUUAACUCAUAGAUUACUCGCUGAUAAGCUUCUUGAUGAGAUACCUACAUACAAGGAAUUAUUGCGCUUAUUUGUUAAUCCUGAGUUAAUAAAAUGGUCGGGAUUAUGUGAAAUUUAUGAAAGGGAUCUCAGAUUAACUGAAGUUUUUUCUUCUUCAACUGAGGAAGGAUGCAAACGAUGGACAGAUCUACGAAAUCGUGUUGUAGAACAUAAUAUAAGGAUUAUGGCCAAAUAUUAUACUAAGAUUACAUUAACUCGCAUGGCUGAAUUAUUAGAUCUUCCGACUGAAGAAACAGAAGCGUGUCUUUGCAAUUUAGUGGAGACUGGAGUAAUCAGUGCGCGUACAGAUCGUCCAGCUGGUGUAGUUCGUUUUACUGGUACACAAGAACCGGCUGCUCUCUUAGAUACGUGGGCAGCAUCGUUGUCAAAAUUGAUGGGUCUUGUGAAUCAUACUACACAUUUAAUUCAUCAGGAAGAAAUGUUAGCCGUUGCACAAUCUUAAAAUUUGUAUAUGUCACGUGCUGAUGUAUCUCUUGCAUUACAUAUAUUUUUAUUUUCAUUUAAUGAUAGUACAUUAUUAUUAACAGAUUCAUACUAAUGAAAUGACUAAUUAGAAUUA